AUGCGUUCCAAGUUCAAGGACGAGCAUCCAUUUGAGAAGCGCAAGGCGGAAGCCGAGCGCAUUCGAGCGAAAUAUACGGACCGCAUCCCGGUUAUCUGUGAGAAAGUCGAGAAAUCCGAUAUCGCAACCAUCGACAAGAAGAAGUAUCUCGUCCCCGCAGAUCUCACCGUCGGCCAGUUUGUCUACGUCAUCCGCAAACGCAUCAAGCUUUCUCCCGAGAAGGCCAUUUUCAUCUUCGUCGAUGAGGUUCUCCCUCCCACAGCCGCUCUGAUGAGCAGCAUCUAUGAAGAGCACAAGGAUGAGGAUGGUUUCCUAUACAUCACAUACUCUGGCGAGAACACAUUUGGAGAAUGUUAA